GUGGAGCUUUUUUUUUCUUCUUUCGUUCACACUUUUUUACCUGGCUGCAAACCUUUCAUGCUUUCCUACUUGGCUGCAAAUUGUUUAUUUUAGGUUACCUGGAUCAAUAUCUUUUCCUUAGGAAAGUGGUCAUAUUAGAAACCCAACUUCUAUUGGAUGUUUCUCCAUUUCUUCACCUCCCUCCUGUUUUUCUGCCUGUGCACUCCUCCAGCAAUCAGCAACCCUUGGCUAUCCUUGUGAGGUGGUGCGAGUUCUUCCUUCAAAGUUUGUUUCCCCCUACCUUUACAAAGUAAAUUUCCUGAGGUGUCUGUCUGAAAAUGAAUCUACCUUGGAUUGCUCUUGGCCCACUGUUACUUAUAAGUCUCAGUUAUGCAGGGGCUGAUGUGCAAUCAAGCACAUCCCUUUACUCUUCUUCUCCAUCUCUCCCCACCACACUGUCAUCUACGCCGCCAAUGUCUUCUGAAUCCACACAAGACCCCAAAUCUCUCCUGUACCCCAAUCUGGUCACCAUAUCUCCACUCAAUUCAUCCCUGCCUCAGCAGAACCAGACUCAACCCUCGGUCUCCAUCACCCAGACUGAGAAUACUGAAUUGAUCCAGGAAGAAGAAGAUAGUCCUUUUGGGUUUUCUGACCAAAACAUGGACGAUCCUAUAAGAAAUUAUGAAUGGGAGGCUGCAGCUAGGCGUGCGGAUAUGGUGCUGAAUAUGACUGAGAUGUUUCAAGAAGAGGAGAGGGCUCGUUUCAAUCUUUCCGGCCUAAACAUGGAAGAUUCUGGAAAAAAUCAGCCUGCACCUCGGGGCGUGGCAAUGGCACUGCUGAAACCACUAGGUCAAGCUGGGGAAACUCAAGGAAUGUCCAAGAAUACCAUAGCUCUGUUCCUCUGGGUCUGUGGUAUAUUGCUGUGUGUUUUCGUUGGAAUCUAUUGUGCCCAUAGUCGAGGAACCAAGAAAGAACCAUUCACACAUCAUCGCUUGGAUGAGGAGGCAUUCGAUGACCCUGCUCUCUCCCUGGACAGACCCCAGAAUUAUGACUGGUUCUUCCAUGAAACAGAUGCUCAUGUCUACCCAACUCCAACACAAAUCCAACUUAAACCAAUGCAGGUCCUCUCGGUCCCAGAUCUCAAACAACCCUCUCCUGGACUUGAAACGUCACCAGAGGAACCUGCUAAACCUGAGACAGGACCUGACCCCAAGGAGCUGCCACGAAGCCCUGUGAAACUGGAAUGCCUGUCUCCAGCCAACCUUGGAAAUCUCAUCUGAGGUCCAGCUCCUCUCUAGCAGCUCCCCUUUCCUCUACUCCUCACCUUAUUAUAUUCAAUGUGUGUCUCAAUCUGGAAUAAUCUAGCUAAGUGUGGUUGGAAGGAAGAAUGAUGAAUUUUCAGAUCCAUGUAAGGCUCCCAACAGUGAUGAAAACAAUCCAUAUUCCUAAAUUAGGUUAUUAGAAUAUAUGUGUAGCUAUAGAGCGUACUUGUAUGCAGGUGGUCCUUGAUUUACAAACACAGUCAGGACCAAGGGUUCCAUUGCUAAGUAAGGCACUUGUUCAAUGAGUCACCUUGGAUUUUAAGUUAACCAAAUCACUGUGGCUGUUAAGCAUUGGUUGUUAAAUGAACACAGUCUCCCCUGUUGACUUUGCUUGUCGGGAGCCAGCUAGGAAGGUCACAAAAGGUGAUUACAUCACACCAGGAAGAUAUAAUCAUCAUAAAUAUAUGCCGAUUGCAAGCAUCUGACUUUUGAUCAUGUGACCAUGGGGAUGCUGCAUGGGAGAACUGGUUGUAAGCCACCCUUUUCAGGGCUGGGAUAACUUCAAACUCUGAAGUCACUAAAUGAAUGGUUUUAA